CAGUCCGGGCUCUUCACGCAGUACAACAUCCAGAAGAAGGCGAUGACGGUCCGCGAGUUCCGCAGGAUCGCCAACAGCGACAAGUACUGCACACCGCGGUACACAGACUUUGAAGACCUGGAACGAAAAUACUGGAAGAACCUGACGUUCAAUGCCCCCAUCUACGGGGCUGACGUUAACGGCACCCUGUACGACAAGCAUGUGGAUGCAUGGAAUAUUGGCAGAUUGAACACGAUCCUGGAUAUUGUGGAGAAUGAAAGCGGCAUAACCAUCGAAGGAGUGAAUACUCCGUACCUGUAUUUUGGCAUGUGGAAAACUUCCUUUGCUUGGCACACUGAGGACAUGGAUCUCUACAGUAUUAAUUACUUGCAUUUUGGGGAGCCCAAGUCAUGGUACUCUAUCCCUCCAGAGCAUGGGAAGCGACUGGAGAGACUUGCAAAAGGUUUUUUUCCAGGAAGUGCCCAAAGCUGUGAAGCAUUUCUCCGUCACAAGAUGACCCUCAUCUCUCCAUCAAUCCUGAAGAAAUACGGCAUUCCGUUUGAUAAGGUGACACAGGAGGCUGGAGAGUUCAUGAUAACCUUUCCUUAUAGCUAUCAUGCUGGCUUUAAUCACGGCUUUAACUGUGCUGAAUCUACCAACUUUGCCACUCUUCGGUGGAUCGAGUAUGGGAAGCAGUCAGUGCUGUGCUCAUGUCGGAAGGACAUGGUGAAGAUCUCCAUGGAUGUGUUUGUGAGGAAGUACCAGCCAGAUCGUUACAAGCUUUGGAAAGCUGGGAAGGACGUGACCGUCAUUGAUCAUGCGCUUCCAACCCCAGAGGCAGCAGAAUUCCUUAAAGGGGAUCUCAUGCAAAAAGUCAAGAGUGGAAAACAGUGUGUGGAGGAGAUGGACACAGAAGAGAUGUGUAAAGAAGAGGUGGAUGGGGAUGAGACAAAAAGCAUCCCCAAGCAUCGCAUAGGAACAAAAAGGCAUAGGGUCUGCCUGGAAGUGCCUCAGGAGGUGAGUGAGAGUGAGGCCUUCCCCAAGGAGGAGCUGAGCUCCACACAGUACGAAGCAGACAUGGCAGAGCCUCAUGAGAGGCCUACAGGUGAACUUGUGCAGCAAGGUGAACAAAGGCUCAAGCUUCCAGUGUACUCAGCCAGGUUUGAAGAAUUGAAAAUGGUGAAGCUUGAGGAGAAAGAAGAGGAAGAACAAGAAGCAGCAGCACUGGAUCUCUCCAUUUCACAUGCUUCAAAUUCCACUUCAGUGUCGGCAGCUUCAAAGCAGAGCAUGACAUCCAGUGUUCAGUCCAGCUCACCUGCAUAUUCCGGUUGUUCAGACUCCGAAUCAACUGAUCUGUUGGCUAAACGAACUCUGCCUGGGCCAGCUGGAGUGCUCACAGUCCACAGCUAUGCUAAGGGGGAUGCCAGUGGAUCCGACAGUGAACAGGCUUCAGGGAAGAAAGCCAGUGCCACCACCAGCAUGAGUGAGCAAGAGCUGACAGAGGAAGCAAACGAGUACAUAAGGUCAGUGAAGGAAAGUAAGAAGUCCAAGGGUCGUCGCCAGCCGUUGAGCAAGCUCCCACGCCAUCACCCACUCUUGGUUAAGGACUGCGUUAGUGAUGAUGAGGCAUCAGAGCAGCUAAGCCCUGAAGAAGAGGCUGAGGAGACAGAGGCAUGGGCCAAGCCACUUAGCCAGUUGUGGCAGAAUCGGCCACCAAAUUUUGAGGCUGAGAAAGAAUACAAUCGGACCAUGGCUCAGCAGUCUCCCUACUGUGCUGUUUGUAUGCUCUUCCAGACGUAUCAGGCAGAGUGUGGAGCCAACAGUCAGAACUCUGGAGUGACUCCAGCUGCUGUGGAUGGGAAGAUCCGAACUAAACCUCUGAUUCCUGAAAUGUGCUUUACUGCAACUGGCUGCAGCACUGACCUCAAUCUUUCAACUCCCUACCUAGAGGAAGAUGGAACCAGUGUACUUAUCACCUGCAAGAACUGCCAUGUCUGUGUUCAUGCAAGUUGUUACGGUGUAUCCCCUGACAAGGCCACUGAAGACUGGAUGUGCUCCAGGUGUACAGAAAAUGCCUUAGAAGAGGACUGCUGUUUGUGUUCAUUACGAGGAGGAGCGCUGCAGAGAGCCAAUGAUGACAAGUGGGUUCAUGUGAUGUGUGCUGUGGGUGUACUGGAGGCUAAAUUUGUGAACAUCGCAGAGCGGAGUCCUGUGGAUGUUGGCAAAAUCCCCCUGCAACGUUUCAGACUGAAAUGCAUCUUCUGCAAGAAACGAAGAAAGAGAAUUGCAGGUUGCUGUGUACAGUGCUCACAUGGUCGGUGUCCCACAUCUUUUCAUGUCAGCUGUGCCCAAGCAGCAGGAGUCAUGAUGCAGCCUGAUGACUGGCCAUUUGUUGUCUUCAUUACCUGCUUCAGGCACAAGACCCCAUCUCAGGCAGAGCGAGCUAAGGCUGCACUCCAGGAUCUGUCACCUGGACAGAUAGUCAUCAGCAAGCACAAGAAUGGUCGCUUCUAUCAAUGUGAAGUGGUCAGCCUUGCAAAGGAGACUUUCUAUGAGGUCAACUUUGAUGAUGGCUCCUUCAGUGAUAACCUGUACCCAGAGGACAUUGUGAGUCGAGACUGUCUUCAGCUAGGUCCCCCUGCUGAAGGGGAAGUCGUGCAGGUGAGAUGGACAGACGGACAAGUUUACGGAGCCAAGUUUGUCGCAUCACAUGCUAUCCAGAUGUACCAGGUGGAAUUUGAAGAUGGGUCACAGCUGAUGGUGAAAAGGGAUGAUGUAUAUACUCUUGAGGAGGAGCUUCCUAAGAGAGUGAAGUCAAGGCUGUCAAUAGCUUCAGAUAUGCGCUUCACAGAGAUCUUCGCAGAGAAGGAGGUGAGACAAGAGAGGAAGAGACAAAGAGUGAUCAAUUCACGCUACCGUGAAGAUUACAUUGAACCUGCCUUGUACCGGGCCAUCAUGGAGUAAGCACUGCCUGUGGCAGAGGAAGAAGAUGCCCACCUCCCCCAAGGAUUUCAAUGUUCCAGUACAACAGGCCAUAUUUGGAUGCUUCGGAUCCAAGGGGUUUUGGGGGGUUUUGUUCUUUUAUUUUUAAGGAAGCUAAAAAGCUGAUGCUCUGCAGUAGCUGAAAGGCAGCUGUUGGAUAGUAAACCAGAUUCCAUUUGCUGAAGCUGAUGUCUGCAGACUGCUGGUCUGAAGUUCUGUCCUUACAGAAUAAGACAGAUUGAGUGUGUUGCUUUCAUCUUGUUGAGCUGUCUUGCUCUUUUGUUUGAGAUGAUUUUGACAGGUGGCAAACUCUUUUAGGAGUUGUAGCCAGAAAUCUUGGCAGCUGCAGAAUAGUAUGGUCUAUUGUUUUAAUUGAAUAAUGUUCCUGAAUUUAGGAAUCAACUUGGUGGCUACACCUGGGAGACUCGUAAGACCUGGGCUUGAGCAGGCAGUAUUACUGGUGCUUGAAAUGGAACCUCUUUUAUAUUUAUAUCCACCUUUUUGUCGCAAGCAGCUUCAGUCUCUUGUUUCUCAGCACCACCUUUCUGAGGUCGAGCUAUAGGCUGUUCAGAUCUGAGCAGACAGGCGGUGCUUGUGUGAACAGAAAUGUGAAAUUGAAUCCUAUAGGACAAAUUAUUUAACCUUCCAUUUAAUACUUUUGUUCUGAUAGUGCUUUUGACUUACUUA